AUGCCUAACGAACUUAGUCAUCCUUAUCGUAUUCCAGAAGUUACCGUUCAAUCAGACUGGGUAGAAGUUGUCUCUGAUGUUGCGCGAAGAGUUGUGGGUUCAGAGUCGUUCUGGGUGUCUUGCUACAAAAAAGGUGCUGUUUCUGUUCACGGUUCAGUGAAGGUGCUCAACGUUUCUGACGACCCGUCGAGUGUUGAGUUUAUUGGAAAGGACGGUGUGGACGUUGAAAAGAUUGAUAAUUAUUCAUUUUAUUUAUCGUGUAAUGCAAUGGAACUUAGUCGAGUUAUUAUUAAAGGAGCGAAAUCAACACUUAAAAACAUUCAUGAGACAAAAAUGAUAACCGCAAUGGAUAUUUCACCUGGUGGCCGAUUAUUCGUGACUGGUGAUAAUAAGGGAAUACUUAAAGUUGGUGAUACGAGUGAUGGUAGUGUGAGAAGAGAAUUACUAGGCCAUGUAUUGGAUAUUUCUACGUGUCGCUUUUUCCCAUCGGGACAAGUAAUUCUAAGUGGAUCCGGUGAUUUCCAAUUACGAAUCUGGUCCGCGCUGGAUGGUAGUAACCCUGUCACGCUAAAAGGUCAUAUAAAAGGUGUUACUGAUACUGCUAUUAUCGAUCGUGGUAGAAACAUUUUGUCUGCUUCGAGAGAUGGGACAAUAAAGUUAUGGGAUUGUGGUUCCUCAAGUACCCUAAGCACAAUGGGACACUACGAAUCUAGCGUUGACAAAAUAUCAUUAGGAACAUUCAUACACGACCUGCCAUACACCCGCAAUUCAGACUACCAACUUGAUUCACGUGAAGUCGCGACGCAAGAUAAAAUAGUAGUUGGCGCGUUGGGUAGUGGAGCGGUGAUUGGGAUUGAUUUACGAAGUAAAAAAGAGAUUUUCUCGGCUGAUUCCUAUCGAAAUGUAUCAUUAUGUUCUUGUGCUUACUCACCCAAUCGUAAUUUAAUUAUUGCUGGAUCUUCACAGGGUGUCAUUGAAUUGUUUGACAUAAGAGAUCUAAGCAAGAAUCUAUCCACAUUUCAACGUAAUGAAGCGGCAGUAAACGAUUUACUAUUUAUUGAGGGAAGUUCAGAUUUUUUGGUUGCACAAGGAGAUGGAUCGGCAUAUCGAAUAUCUGGAAUAUCUAUUACACAAGCCACACACGAGUACAUUGGAUUUGAUAUUGACCCAGUGUGCUCGAUUCGUGCAAUUGAUAAUGGACGAGAAGUUUAUGCCGCGGGACGAGACGGAUGUUUGCGAAAUUAUUAA